AUGAAUUUGUCUAUUAUCGCACUUAUUUUGUCUUAUUUGACUCUUCUAUGGUUCCCGCAAAAUGUGUCUGGCUUAAAGCGCAAUUCGUCACAUGAUAAGGCUUCUGAUAAUUCUUUUCUCCAGGUAAAGAGUAACUUUCAGACGCAGGAUGUCCAGCAGCCUCUGGUUCCUGCUCCGGUGGCCCCUGUGCCCGCGGCCGACCCCGAAGGUGUAAAGAAAGCGGUCUCUGCCACACUACUUGCCAACCAAUCAGUUCCUCUUCCCAACGGUCCAGUCGCUCCUGUAGAUAUGAGUAACUUGCAGGUCCCAGCUGCCCUACCAGCCCCUCCCGUGCCUCAACCGCCAACUCCAGGCCCUGCUCCUUCACUGGUUCCUGAUGGCUCCCUAGAAGCUCCUCUAAAUGUGGUCUUGGACCCCUCGUUGGAAAAUAUUUCUCACGCCGAUAAGAGCGUUAAAAACUCUAUGGAACACGCAGUCCACAGCUUGAAGAGGGCGUUGGAACAGUUUACCAAUUUGACAGCGCUUCUGGAUCGUCAGGAACAGACGACUCCAUUUUCAGUUGAAGGAGAAGACCACACUGUAAAAUCGACCCUGGAAUUUUUAAACAAGUCACUAAAGCAAAACGAAACUGCCCAGAAAAUUUUAUUUCAGGCCGAAGCUUUUGUCUUGUCGUCUUUGACCAAGGCGGCAAAUGGGAAGGCCGAUAACAGUAAAGGCUCAUAA